AUGGCAUCGUUGCAUGAUUGUUCAGUACGUGCAGUGGCAAGCGUAGUGGUGGGUAUGAUCAUCAUCUUCAUGUGGGUUAUAUUUAGAGAUUUCAAGACAAAGAAAUCGAUCCUCCCACCAGGGCCUCGUCCAUUGCCUAUAGUGGGAAAUCUUUUCCAGUUGGGGGAACUCCCACAUCAUUCUCUUACAAAUCUUGCAAAAAAAUAUGGGCCAAUAAUGUACCUACGCUUGGGCUCCUUCCCAACUGUUGUAGUAUCUUCUCCUGCCAUGGCCAAAGAGUUUCUCAAGACUCACGAUUUGGUUUUUGCCAACAGACCCAAAUCCUCUUCUGCCAAAUACAUGGGCUACAAUGGAGGCGACAUAUUUUUUUCCAAUUAUGGAGAACAUUGGAGGCAAAUGAGAAAGCUAUGUACUUUGGAGUUAUUCACUGCAAAAAGAAUGGAGUCUUACAGAGGUCUUAGAGAAGAAGAGGUGGCCGCCAUGAUUGGAUCUAUUGCCAUGAAAAGUAGAGUGGAUUUGAGGCAGAGGCUCACCGUGCUUAAGCAAAAUAUUAUCUGCAGAAUAAUGGCGGGCAGAAGGUUUUCGGAAGAUGAAAUGUGUGGAGGGCAGAGUUUUACAGAAAUGGUGAGAGAGAGGUUCGCACUGGGUGGUUCAUUUUGCAUUGGGGAUUUUAUUCCUUUCCUUGACUGGUUCGAUUUCGGAGGUUUUCAUCGUCGCAUGAAACGAAUUCACGCCGUGUUUGAUGAUUUUGCAGUCAAAGUAAUCGACGAUCAUAUUCUUCGUAGGAGGAGUGUGAAUGUCGACGGGCAUGAGCGUGUGAAAGACUUGGUCGACGUGCUUCUCGACAUGGCGGAGUUCGAUCCCUCAAUCACAACGCUCUACAUUAAAUCAAUAAUGCUGGAUAUGAUCACUGCUGCUAUGGAAACAUCAUCCACAACAAUAGAAUGGGCGGUGAGUGAGCUGUUGAGAAAUCCUUCCAUACUCACUCGAGCACAAGAAGAAAUUGAAGGUGUUGCAGGAAAACGUCGCCUCUUAAAUGAGAGUGAUGUGGCAAGCUUAGUUUAUUUGAGAUGUAUAGUGAAAGAAACUUUUAGAUUGCAUCCAGCAGGACCAUUGUUGGCUCCUCAUGAAUCUAGUGAAGCCUGCAAUGUGGGAGGAUACAACAUUCCAAAGGGAACAAGGCUCAUUGUAAAUGUAUGGGCAAUAGGAAGGGAUGAGACUGUUUGGAAAGAUGCACAAACAUUCAAGCCUGAGAGAUUCAUUGGCAAGAAUAUUGAUGUGAGGGGUCAACACUAUGAAUUGCUUCCUUUUGGAUCAGGAAGAAGAGCUUGCCCAGCUAUUUCCAUGGGGUUUUCCAUGGUAGAAUUUGUGCUUGCUCAACUACUUCAUUGCUUUGAUUGGAGUGAGCAAUCUGAGCUGAAUAUGGAUGAAGCUUUUGGAUUGACUACGCCUCGCAAAUUUCCUCUCUUUGCCCAUGCCAAAUGGAAGUUGUCCAUCUCUCCUUGA